AUGGCUUACAAGCUAGUGAAGGUGCUGCAAAGUGCGAUAUACGGAGGUGUGUUUCUGGCCGACGUUUAUUACAUUGCGGGGGUGCUACGGAUGAAGGCCGGUCAAAGCCCGCAGGUGUGUGGUAGUCGCGUGGCAAUGAAGAUUAUGUUGCGGGAUAUCGCGCUGCGUCAUCGCGAAAACUUGCAAGAAAAUAUAACGGCGGAGAUCCAGUUCCAGGAGUUGAUGAAGGGUCACAAGAACGUGUUGAUGUAUGAGGAGCUGUGGGAAAGUCAGUCCAAGGGUAUUGUCUAUGUCGUCAUGCCCUUUGCAGAGUUUGAGGACCUCUUCGAAGUCAUGAAGAAACGGACCAACCCACUCUCCGAGAACCAGGCCAGGUGGCUCUUCCGCCAAUUGCUAGAGGGGACCAUGUUCCUCCACGCCCGAAACGUCGGCUUCAGAGACCACUCACUCGAAAACAUACUUCUCUUUAGAUCCACCGAAGACGGCCAUGCACUGAUCCCUCGCAUCACUGACCCCGGUCAAGCAAUCAUUCUCAAAAGAGAUUUGUACGGUAAUGUAUUAGAUCAAUGCGCCA